AUGUCACCAACCACAACAUUAUUCUCCAAAGCCCAAGAGGCCGCAACUCACCUACAAAGCUCCCUGGACCCCAGUCUGCAAAAGCCCAAAGUCGCUAUUAUAUGUGGCUCGGGUCUGGGUACUCUGGCAGAUGCAGUCGAUGAGCAGCUACCCAAAGCUGCAGUCGAGUAUUCCUCUAUCCCUUACUUCCCUCUGCCUACCGUUCAAGGACAUGCGGGAAAAUUGGUUUUUGGAUUCCUUGGAAAUCAAACUCCGGUUGUGCUGAUGGUUGGUCGCAUACAUUACUAUGAGGGCCAUUCCAUGGAAGAUGUUACUUUUCCAGUGCGGGUAUUGAAAUUACUCGGGGUUGAGACGAUCAUAUUGACAAAUGCAGCGGGAGGACUGAAUCCCGAGUACGCCGUUGGCGAUAUUACUCUUUUGAAUGAUCACAUCUUUCCCGCCGGCUUUGCCGGGGCACAUCCAUUGCGAGGACCCAAUCCAGACGAAUUUGGCGUGCGUUUCCAGCCGCUUUCAGAUGCAUACGACUUGACACUGCGUCGUCGUGUCCACGCUGCAUGGCAGAAAAUCGAAAAGACAAACAAUAGAAGGCUCCAUGAAGGCGUCUAUGCGUUUGUAUCAGGACCAAGCUACGAAACACGGGCUGAAUGCCGUAUGCUCCGGCAGUUCGGCGCCGACGUCGUCGGGAUGUCGACUGUGCCUGAGAUCAUCGUAGCCAGACACUCUGGCAUGCGCGUCCUUGCGUUCAGUCUUGUGACCAACAACGCCGUUCUCACCCCCGUGCCUCGAGGUGAUGAUCACCUCCUUCAGUCAUCAUCAACUAGCGAUCUUGAUGCGAUCCUAGAAGAAGGAAAGGCGAACCAUGAAGAGGUUCUCGAGGCUGGGCGACUGGCUGCAAAGGAUAUGCAGCGACUGGUGGUCCAGGUCAUUGUUGAUGCCUCGGAGAAAAAAGAGGGUAUCCCACAAUAA